UGCACAUCUAUCUUCUACAGUACAACGUGAAUCAAAGCCAUGCAAAUCAAUACCACUUCAGAAUGGAGACCAUUGAUGUAUACUUUUAAGGAGUCAUUUCAUCUGAUUGUCAGAGAUGCUCCAGGGCGUCCACAGCCAUCAGAGUUGUCUGAGGUGUCAGAGGGGACAUCAGUGAAUGUGACCUGCACUGCUGCUGCUCCCUGUCCCUCUCAGCCUCCUACCAUCACCUGGUCUCUUCCCACUGGGAACACACACACUCACAUACAGCAUAAGAAGAAUGGCAAAAGAUCCCUUUUGUCUCUUUUGAACUUCACUGCUUCCCGUAGUCACCACAAGAGAGGAAUCUACUGUAUGGCGUCUUACCCCAGACAGAACGGCGGCACUGUGAAAGUAAACAGUGUUGUGCAGAUACUCACAGUCUUCUUCUCUCCUGUGGAGGUCGUGGUCUCUGUGAGUCCUCCAGGCCCACCAGCAGAGGGCAGUAGUGUGACUCUGACCUGUAACAGCAGUGAGUGCAACCCUCCAGUGCAGAACUACACCUGGUUUAGAGGGGGCCAGCAGGGCCAGCACACACCUAUAGGAUCUGGACAAACCCUCACCUUCAAUCUCAGCUCCAGUGAUGAAGGACUGUACUACUGCAGGGCAGAGCACCCACAGGGGGGGAAGGACUCUGCUGCAGUGAGACUGGUGAAUAAAGGUUUCCUGGCCGGAAUCACUAUAAAGUGUUUGGCAGCAUUUCUGCUAACUGUCUUGGUUAUUGGUUUUCAGAGGUGGAAAAAGUCACAUCAGGAAAUAGAACCCGGUGAUCAUCGUCAGAUCCAAGACCCAGGUGAUCAACAUGGAUCCAUUCAUGUCUAUGUUCCUCAACCUCCAUCUGAUCCCAAUGAGGUUGACUAUGAGGAUCCAGAGAGGCCCUCAUAACGGACACUGAGUCAGCGCAAAGAGCACCAACUGCACUGCAGGCCACUGAAGGUUGUCAUCUCAGUUUUACAGUGCCACAGCAUCAAUGUCAAACUGGGUUUGACAGCUCUACUGCUUUUUAAGUACUCUAUGCCUGGCUGUUGAUUAAUGAUGAAGAUACCUACAGUAUAAUUAUCAUAAUAUGUAGGCCUAACGACAAUCAUCCAAAGAUCUAGAUUAGUUCCGUGUAACACCAGCAUCUGAGCAUAAUGUCACGCAGUGUCGUACAGGGUGAUGUUUUAGAACACACCGUCAAAAUGUGAAAUUAGCCAGCGUUGAUGUAGCACUUAUCUUGUGUGCUUUUGCCUUUAUUCAGAUAGGACUUUGAAGAGUGACUGGAAGUGAGUGGGAGAGAGAGAUGGGUUGGGAAAGGGAAAAGAGAGCAGCUCAGGUUUGAAUCUUGGUUCCGGUGGGCACUUGGACCAGAUUGUUGUAUGGAUGCUGUCGCCACUUUUAUGUGCAGUGACGGGAGCCAUACUGGCAGUAGCCAAGAAAGUUCCCAGGUGCCAUCGUUGUGGCCUUGAGCAAGCCCCUUAACCCUUAGCUGCACCAGGGAGACCAGCCCUAUAACUAAUAUCUGUAAGUCACCUUGAAUUAAAGUGUGAGACAAAGUAAAUAAUGCAUGACUGCAUUUGCCAAUUAGAAUUCUUCUAUGGCUUUCUAUAAAUUGCACUUAUGCUGAGCAACUAUAGCAACUGUUAGCAAUUCAUUGUAUUAUCCAUUUGCUACUAUUUGCAGUCUAGUUACUGUAGUAGGGUUGCCACUUGCCAGACAAGGCGCUUAGUUGACGCACUUAU